ACACGGCGCGCAGGUUGGUAGGAGUGCUUAAGGUGCUGGUGAAUUAGAGGCAAAGUGUUGAAGGUGAACCGGACACUUCCAUGAGCAACGAAGGAGAGAAGAGCCUGGUACUCAGCGCGCCCGUCGGGCUAUGCCUUCUCCAACCUGGGAGCGAAGCAAAGCGCAGACAGAGCACGGAGCAGCGGAGGGGCACGGCGGGGACAGAGGGACCGUGUGCGCUCUGGAGAUGGAGAUGACGACCCGCAGCCUGGACGGCGACUCCAAGGUGGUGGAUUGUGUGAACUGCGAUGGCCUGAUGAGUCGGAACGUCGGCGGGGACUCGGCGGAGGUGUCCGUGCCGCUGGCCGGGAAGAAGACGCCCACGGAGGGAGACGACCUGUACAGACUGCGGGACAGGAAGGUGUUACUGGAGGAUAAGAAGCGGCUGUGCGCGCUGGCGCUGGGCACCGCGAUGCUCGGGAUCCUGCUCAUGAUCAUCCACGCGGAGAUAUGUCCCUACGUUUAUAAACCGGGCACAGACAUCGCCCUGAUCAUCAACUGUUCCAUCAGCCUGUCCACCGGGUGUCUCAUCAUCCUCAUCAUAGCUUUUCAUUACAAGGACAUCAGGCUGUUCAUCAAUGACCACAACCAGGUGGACUGGCGUAUCGCCUUGACCAGCCACCGGGUUCUGGUGAUCACCGUUGAGCUGUUAGUGUGCUCCAUCCACCCCAUAGGCACAUACUGGAAGGUGGGCCUCCACUUCAACUCCUCUGCCCCAGCUCCGCUCUGUCAUACCAGCCAUCACAACAGGGCCCUGCUGGACAUGGAGCUGCUGCUGUCAGUGCUGAUGUUCCUGCGUUUGUACUUGGUGCACAGAGCCAUCCUGCUGCACAGCAAAGUGCUGCUGAGCGCCUCCUACAGGAGCAUCGGCUCGCUCAACAACAUCAACUUCACCUUCCGCUUUGUUCUCAAGGUACUGAUGAACAAGCACCCGGCACGCACGCUGCUGGUCUUCAUCCUCUUCUUCUGGCUCACUGCGUCCUGGAUGCUUACGCUGUGUGAGAGGCAGACCCAGGCAGUAACAGGCCACAUAGACACGUCUCUGUGGCUCAUCGCCAUCACCUUCCUCACAGUGGGCUAUGGGGAUGUGGCGCCCACCACCAGCUGUGGCAAGGUGGUGUGUCUCUUCACUGGAGUCAUGGGUGUAGCCUGCACGGCCAUGCUGGUGGCAGUCGUCACCAAGAAGCUGGUGCUGAACAAAGGAGAGAAACAUGUGCACUUCUUCAUGCUGGACAUCCAGAUCUCGAAAAGGAUCCGCCACGCUGCUGCUAAUGUUCUGAGGGAAUGCUGGCUCUUGCAUCGCACCAACCUGACGAAGGGUAACCGCGGUGAGCAACGAAGACACCAGAGAUGCCUUCUGGAAGCCAUCAGAGUAUUCCGUCAUUUACGCUUCAAACAAAGACAACUGAGGGAUUACGUAAGUGAGAUGGUGGACCUGCCUAAGAUGCAGAUGAUCAUGUGUGACCUGAGCGCCAACUGGAACAACUCCUAUCGGGAGCUGGAGCAGCGCAUCCUCUCCAUGGAGCAGAAGCUGGACGAACUGAGUCGCUGCUUCCAACAAACAUCUGAGCUGCUGUCUCAGUUCCUGCAUCACCCCAACCCAGAGAUCAGGUGACACGGCUCCAAUGUGUUUCUGAAGAAAAGAGAGAGUGAACUGCCUCCAGUGUUUUCAUUUGCAAGAUCCAUGAAAAUGCAGCGAAUCCUCUCCACCCAAUGCUGCUCCAGACUCUUUAACUUGCUGAACCACUUGGAGGACUGACAUACUUACUAAAGAUCUCAUCUUCUGGGCCUGUGCUGAGUCCACUGCACAGUGACUCAUAGCUGUAACAUUAUACGGAUAAAACAAGACUCCUAUUCAUUGUGGGAGAAGAAUUGAUGUGCAUUUUGAGAGCUCUGUUGUGAUUUCACCAGUGGAAAGAACAGAAAUAAUGUCAAACAAGGGCCGUGGAGAUCUAUGUAAUCAACAACCCUCACAUCCUCCAGGAUUGCUCUCUGAAUUGCUACUCAUAAGGUUUCAUUGAUGGUCUCUAAUACUGCCUUAUUCCUGUGGAAUGAGAUAUAUUUUUACAUACUAAUGUUAUUUGAAAUCUUUUGCAAUAUUCUAACUUUUCCAAAAACCCUUUUGCAAAUCAUAUGAUCACUAGGAGACAGUUUAAAGGUUCCCAGGCCCAAGUGUUAUUUUCAAACAGGCUUGUUGAAUAUAGUACAAACCUCUAACACUUCUUCAGUGUUCUGUUUUCCCUUCCAUCCACUAAGAUAAUGGAUGUGAUUCUCCACCAACAGAACAAAAUACUUCAAGUCAAAAAAAACCUUUAUUUCAAUUUGUAAAGUGCAAGACAUCGUAACCGAAAUAAACUAGAAAUCAUAGAUGAAUGUCCACAUUGAGGGUUGUGAUCUUCAUCUGCCGUCUACACCUGUUAUUAGAAUAAUCCAACUUGUCAAGUAGUCUUGGAAGAUUAACUUUUAGCAACCCAACAGCUCCACCAAGUGGACAUGAAAAAAGUGAACCGUGAUAUUGUGGAGUCAAAAAUAUGUAUUACAAUCAUUUAAAAACACUUAUUUGCUAUUUUCAACCAGUAUAUUGACAACUCAGAAGAGGAUGACAUAUUUA